CGUUAGGGGCCUCUGGUUAUGCCAGGUCAGGUGGUAUUGAGAGAAUAAGAACCCGCUGUUGGCGGGAUUAUCGCUCAUUCAUUGUUGUUCUGGAUGUUACCCAUGUUAUGCUGGAGUGGAUGUACUGAGCUGUUCUGCCCGUUACAUAUGGAUUUCAAACAAAAGAAGCACAGAGCUAUGUCAGAUAAGGAGUGGAUGUCCCGUCUGAGAAGGUUUGCUGCCUCAGGGGUUUGGCCUUCUGAGGCAGGAAACAGACCAGCACCACGCCAGAAAAAGUGGCAUGAACUCUACCUGAAGGUGAGGGGACAGGCAUCUCUGUUUGGAGGGACACAGACAUGCAGCUGUGGUUUCCAUACAAAGAAGCCUUCCAGCUCUGUCCCUGAGCCUCCACAACCAGGUCCCUCAGCAGCGUCGUCUACAGAGACAGAGCAACCACAAACAUCUGGACGAGCAGCAACAUCUGGGCAGACACCUCGGAAGCCUUCUUUGACUUUGGCAUCGUUUACGAAGCCAAGGUUUGGAAGGUCUCGUGGUGCUGCCUUAAUGCCCAACUUAAGUUUGGCUGAGAAGCAUGUUAGCAAGGUCUCCAGCUCUUCUCCCUCUUUGACUAUGCCUAGCGCUGUUACGAGCGCCAUGGCAAGCCGACCACAGUCGCCUGCCCGCAGUCCAAGGACGUUCACCCAGGCCGUCUCUCCUCUCUCUCUUCCUCCCCCACCUGUGGCCACAAGCACCUCCGCUGCCUCUGUUCCACCAGCUACUGCUAGAGCUGAAACAUCAGCAUCCUCCUUAGCACCUCUCAUCCCUCUGUCCUCUGCGCCGACCUCUGUGACCUCCGUUGGUGUCCCCUCCACUGCUCCAUCUCAGACUGGUCCGUCUGAGCUCGCCACACCUCACCCUCUGCACACUCAAACUGCAGGAGAUGUGGAGACUCCUACAGGUUCUGAGCAGUGCUGGCUCCCAGCAGAGAUGAAGAAGAACAUACCUGUUCAGGACCAGAAAUGGAUUUCUGCAGCCAUCUGGAAAAACCAGCGACUGCGCACAGACCUGAAACUAUGGUAUGCGCCACCAGAGCCAGCGCUUAUUUAUCAUCAGGCCCCCACUCCAGAGCGUUUCUUCACACACAGACUUCUCUUAUGGAUGCCAUAUCACCUGUGGAAGGUGAAGCUGUAUUGCCCUGCAUGUGGGAAACAGCUCACAGGUGCUGGAGUACACAAGAGGACUCGCAAUUUUUGGUACAAUUUUCAGUGUGAGUGUAUGCUCGUGCAAAAAAAAUUUAUUUUAAGGCUUUCAACACAUCUUAACCAGGGGUGCCAAUAAUUAUGGAGGGCGCUGUACGUAGUUGUGUUAAAACUGUUUCAGUAUUGUUACUGUUUAUUGUAUAUACGUAAGUUUUGUAUUUCUUUGUGUGUUUGUGUGAUAACCAAUUAAUCUGUAAAUUUUGUAAUA